GGGGAGGGCGGGGCAGGCCAGGCUGCCAAACUGGGCGGGCCUUGCUCACGUGGCCGGCGUGGGGCGGGCGGCCUGACUGAGUUUCACUUCUCGGCGGCCAUAGAGACAGCAGGGAGUGCACCCCAACCUUUGCUGCCUGCCAGCUCGAUCUUGCUACUGUGCACUCACGUGCCCCCACAUGGGCUCCCAAGCCCCGUCCCCGGGGCCCAUGCAGACCUUCAUCUUCUUGGACCUGGAGGCCACCGGGCUGCCGUUCUCCCAGCCCAGGAUCACGGAGCUGUGCCUGCUGGCCGUGCACAGACACGCCCUGGAGAGCACCCCCACCUCCCCGAGGCCACCUUACACGGUGCCCCUGCCACCCCGAGUGGUGGACAAGCUCUCCCUGUGCGUGGCUCCCGGGAAGGCUUGCAGCCCUGCAGCCAGCGAGAUCACAGGCCUGAGCACAGCUGUGCUGGAGGCGCACGGGCGCCAGCGCUUCGACAGCAACCUGGCCCACCUGCUCCUAGCCUUCCUGAGGCGCCAGCCACAGCCCUGGUGCCUCGUGGCCCACAACGGGGACCGCUACGACUUCCCCCUGCUCCAGGCAGAGCUGGCUAUGCUGGGCCCUGCCAGCACGCUGGACGGCGCCUUCUGUGCGGACAGCAUCGCUGCCCUGAAGGCUCUGGAGCGAGCCAGCAGUCCCUCGGAGCGGGGGCAACGGAAGAGCUACAGCCUGGGUAGCGUCUACACCCGGCUGUACGGCCAGGCCCCGCCGGACUCCCACACUGCUGAGGGCGACGUGCUGGCCCUGCUCAGCGUCUGCCAGUGGAAACCCCAAGCCCUGCUGCAGUGGCUGGAUGCCCAUGCCCGGCCCUUUAGCACUGUCAAGCCCAUGUACGAGGUCGCAGCCUCUACUCAGACUGACCCAAGGCCAUCUGCUGUCACGGCCACUGCACCCCUGGGCGAAGCCAGCAGCACUGGUCCCAGCCGAGACAGGAGCAGGAGAUCCAAGUCCCCUCCAGCAACAGGCCCAGGAGCCCCACCCAGGGAGGGCCUGCUAGCCCCCCUGGGUCUACUGGCCUUCCUGACCUUGGCAAUAGCCACGCUGUAUGGACUCUCGCUGGCCACACCUGGGCAGUAGCCGAGGAGAAAACCAAUAAAGGCCCCCAGAGCACUGA